AUAACUAGAAACUCUAGAGCUAGUCAUUGAAUCUUCGUGUAUUUGUGACACUUUUCAAAACCAAUAUUACUGUAAUAAAUUCUGUUUAAACUGUUGCUGAUAAGAAAAAUCAAAGAUUCAAUCCAAGAAAUAGUCACAAAUGCAAUGAAGAACAAUUUGUGUUUGUUAUAAUUAGGGUUAGCACCCACUCAGUGGUCUGCGAGUGAAACCUCUAACCCUCGCCCGAGUUCGUUCCUAGGGUUUCAUUUCUUCAAUUUCUCAUCUCUUUCAACAGCGACGCCACUAAUGACUGAAUUGCACUCUCAAGACAAUGCGCCGGCUGUUGCGGAUUCUCCUAGGGUUUCGCCAGACCAGAAACUCGGCUACUCUUCAACGGAAGAGUUUAGGGUUAGGGUUUCCUCUGACGGUGACGCAUCGUCUACCAUCGAUAGAUUGACGGAGGAAAAUGAAGGCGAUAAAUUUCCCGGUUCCGAUAGCGGAUCUCUGUUAUCGGAAUUCGACGAGUACGUGGCAGCUGAGAGGCACGUGUCGCGGGAUCUAGGGCUUGGGUUCGAGGUUGGUGACAUGGUGUGGGGGAAGGUGAAGUCUCACCCGUGGUGGCCCGGGCACGUUUACAACGAGGCGUUUGCGUCCCCGUCAGUGCGUCGCUUGAAGCGGGAGGGGCAUGUGUUGGUGGCGUUCUUCGGUGAUAGCAGCUACGGCUGGUUCGAACCGGAGGAGCUUAUUCCGUUCGACGCCAAUUUCGCGGAGAAAUCGCAGCAGACGAGUUCGAGGACGUUUCUGAGGGCUGUGGAGGAGGCGGUUGAUGAGGCCUGCAGGAGGCGUGGGCUUGGUUUGUCUUGUAGGUGUAGGAAUGCUAAUAAUUUUAGACCCAUAAAUGCUGAAGGGUAUUUUUGUGUUGAUGUGGAAGAUUAUGAGCCUGGAGGGUUGUAUUCUGAGGGCCAGAUUAGGAAGGCGAGGGAUAGGUUUAAACCGAGUGAGACCCUCGCAUUUGUGAAACAAUUGGCGAUAUCUCCACAUGAUGGUGGCCGCGGAAGCAUUGGAUUCAUUAACAAUAAGGCUACCCUUUCGGCUUACCGGAAGGCGGUGUUUGAGCAGUUUGAUGAGACUUAUGCCCAGGCUUUUGGUGUACAUCCCGUGCGCACCACUCAUUCUCCGAAUAAUAAAACCUAUCAGCCUGGGAUUGUUAGGCACACUCCUAGAGCUCCUUUGAGUGGUCCACUGGUGAUUGCAGAGGCUUUGGGUGGUGGGAAUAGCAAAUCUGUUGAAGUUAAGGAGGCUUUGAAGAAAGAUAGAUACCUUCUUAAGCGAAGAGAUGAUCCAAAUAAUUCUGUCCAAUCAGCCUACACGGAGGACAAAUCUAAUGCAGCAAAUAGUUAUCUAUUCCAGAAGAGGGGUCCAGCUGUUCCUUUGACACUUCAUAAUUUAGAAAAAAAAGAAGACACUGGAUUUGUCAGUCAUAAUGUUUCAGCUUCAACUUCAGAUGCCAAAGAAGAUUUAAUGGGUCAGGUUCAAGCAGACGAAUGUGGUCUUACAUCCCUUUCCAUUUCCUCAGACGCAAAGGCUAUUCUUGACAAGGGAAAGGAUUCAUCUGACAAAGUAACGCAGAGUUUUGAACUGGAUAAUGCUUCAAGUAAAAGCAUGGUUAGGUCUGAUUUGUCUGGGGAGGCGGUAGUACCAAGCACAGCUGAUGACAUGUGUCAACCAUCAGGUCUGGAGAACAAAGUUGUUGAUGCUAUACAUGAUGGGAAUGCAAAAUUGUCAAGACAAUGCGAAGAUUUUAACCAAACAGAGCAGGGACCCGUGAUGAAUGCUGGUGGAUUAAAUAACAUGCAUCAAGUUAAAAGUGAAAAUAAUGUAUAUGGUUCACCAGUCGAAGCAAAGCAUCACAAAAUUAGUGUGGUGAAGAAGAUUAAAGGUCUUAAGAGACCUGCAGAUGAGUUGAAUUCUGAAGCUUCUGCUGUUGGGCAGGAAAAGAAGAAAAAGAAAAAGAAAACCGACUUAAACUUUCAUCCUACCUUAGGCUUUCCAGAGAGAAAUUCUACAUUUGGGAAAUCAGUUUCUGUAAAAUCAACUGGAAAAGCUGUUUCAGUUGGUUUGGCUUCUAAAGAGGAUUUUCCUGCAGAACAAUUGAAGGUGGAUGUUAAUGCCGAUAAUUCGAUGCCCAUGGAUACCAUAGGAAAUUCUAGUUUGGCUUUGCCCCAACUUUUGGGUGAUUUGCAGGCCCUGGCUUUGAACCCUUUUCAUGGCAUUGAAAGAAAGAUACCUGGAGCUGUUCAGCUGUUCUUUCUGCGAUUCAGGUCUCUUGUUUACAGAAAAAGCUUGUUUGUAUCUCCACCAACUGAGAUUGAAACUCCUGAAAUCCGACUCACUAAAUCUCCUACAAGUCUCAGGACAUCUGACAGUCCUGACGAGUAUGUCAAAGCUUCACCGAUUGUAAAACCAGUGAAACAUGUCAUUCGGCCUGCUGAGCCCACAAAAGCAGGGCGGAAAAGGGCACCCUCUGAUCGGCAAGAGGAAAUUGCUGCCAAGAGGUUGAAGAAAAUUAAAGAUAUAAAGGCUCUAGCUUCAGAAAAAGCAGUGACCAGUCAGAAAACUUCUGAUGCCCGGCGAGAAGAUGGGAUAGAAUCCCAGGCUCCAUCCAAAGUAGUGAAACUAGACUCGAUCAAGAAAGGGAACUCUCCAGCUAAGGCAGUUGAGCCCACAAUGUUGAUGAUCAAAUUUCCUCCUGAAACAACACUUCCGUCUAUUCCAGAGCUGAAAGCAAGGUUUGCUCGCUUUGGCCCAAUGGAUCCUUCAGGUUUCCGUCAAUUUUGGAACUCAUCAACUUGUCGAGUUGUUUUCUUGCACAAGGCUGAUGCACAGGCUGCCUAUAAAUACUCUUUUGGAAAUCAAUCCUUAUUUGGCAGUGCGGGUGUGAGGUGUUUUCUUAGGGAAUUUGGGGAUCCUGCUCCGGAAGUGUCCGAAGCUGCAAAGGGUAAGGUAGAUGAUGGUGUAAGUGACAUAGCUCGGGUGAAGGAUCUCCCAGUGGUUCAUCGCUUGGCAACAGCAUCAUCUAUACAACCACUUUCUCAGCCCAUCCAGCUGAAGUCGUGCCUGAAGAAAUCUACAGGUGAUGAGUCGGGUCUGGUCACGGGUAAUGGAAGUAGUAGUAAAGGAAACUCUCGUGUAAAAUUCAUGUUAGGUGGGGAAGAAAGUAGUAAUGGAGACCAAAUAAUGGUGGGUAAUAGAAACAAGUUCAACAAUGCUAGCUUUGCUGAUCCUGGCUCACCAUCUGUUGCAACGGAUUUUAAUAGUAAGAAUGUUCAAAAGAUGACAUUACAACCCCCGUUGCCUAUUCUUCCUCUUCCUACACAGUUUUCGAAACCCCUUCAACAUAAUUUGCGUAAUUCUGAAUUGGCAAUGGCACACCGAAACAGUCUGAAUUUUAUUAACGCCACAGCAUCAGCUACUGCAAGCACGGUUGAUAUAUCACAGCAAAUGAUACACCUUUUGACUAGGUGCAGCGAUGUUGUCACUAACUUGACGGGUUUAUUGGGCUAUGUGCCUUACCAUCCGCUCUGACCAAAUUUACUCUUCAAUCAUUCACACAUACACAAGAAAAUUAUGGAAUGGGGUCAUGUUUUGGCGAGUGAGCUGAUUGGGCUUAUUUGUAGAUUUUGGGCUCCAAAAAUUUGUAAAUGCACAUAUUGUCUGUAUUACAAGUUCUUAACUUUUCCGA